CGCCUCUGAUGCCCUACUAUUUAAUUUUGCACCUUUGUUUUAAAAAAAACCAGGCAACGAUAAACAAAGAUGGCGAUAAACGUAGGAGUAGGAAACUAUCCUGAAUAUAAUAUAAAUUCAUCCUUACAUUGCAUUUCAACUUCUGAGAAAUCGGUAGUUAAUAAUCGAAUUGAAGACAUACAGAAAUACAGAUUAACUGGUAGAAACGACGUCCUUAAAGUAAAUCCUCAAUCUAUUUUUUUUCACGGAUUUGAACUUGGUGCUAGAUAUUGUCAAAUUCUUACUGUUAUCAAUGUUUCUCAAGAAUGUCAAAGAGUCCACAUUUUUGCACCCAUCUGUAAAGAAUUUAACAUUAAGCAUGAGAAUAAGCACAAGCUUUACCCUGGAAUGUCUCGUAAGAUUCUUAUUGAAUUUAAGCCUAAAGAAAAUAAUUUUUUACAAGACAGUAUUAGAAUAAGCUGCAAAGAUAUAUCAGAUCUUAAUGUUCCUAUAUAUGCGUAUUUAUAUCUGGAUUUGGCAUCAACUUUUCCAACUUUAAUAACUUUUAAGCCUACUGUUGUUGGAUUGAGUGAUGUUAAAAAUGUUCCACUGCAGAACAACACACCUGUUAGUUUCGAUUUUCAAAUUGUGUUUAUUGAGAAGAAUGCUUUUUUUAACGCAAGCCCACUCGAAGGUGUAUUACCUGGAAAUAGUUGUAUAAACAUCACACUGAAAUAUUCACCUUUAGAGUUUUGUACAUCUGUUUCAAAAUUGCAGAUUUUAAUAUCUCAAUUUAACUCCAAACCACAUAGUUGUACAUUAAUUGGCUCAUGUCAACCUGGAUUAGCUGCAAAAUUAAAGGAGAAAGAACAAGAAGUUAUUCCGAAAAUAGGAUUAGACCCCGAGAUUGUUAGUCCUCUUGGUCGCCUGCGUGUUAAGAAGUUGGUUUCUAAAUCUAUAUCAAAGCAGAAUUGCAAAACAAAUGAAAUUGAAGUUGAUGGAAUACGCUUCCCAAAGAAUUUACACAGCAUUGCUGCAGUCAAUUAUGUCUUGAUGCAAAAACCAAAUCCACAAAAAGAAGAAGCCACUAUCAGUCUUGAGUUAGAUUGUAGUGAUUCAAAGCCUCCAUCAAAACAAAUGAAAGAAGUGCUUUUUGAAGAUAUAGUUAAUAAAAAUGUCAAAGAAGAGCAAAGGAAUCAUAUCAGCUGGCAUGUACAUUUAGGCGAAGAAAUUGUGUCUGAAACAUAUAAAGACAAAGUCAUUAAUGAUCGCACUCAGGGAUUUGUUAAAAGUGAGGACAUGCAAAAGCAAGUAAAGAAAUAUAAUACUGUAAAACUAUUUAAGAAAACUUGUAGACCUGCAAAUUCAGAACUGGAGUUAGAACCAUCUUUCUUUUUAUAUAAAAAUGAUGAUUGGGAAAAAAGGCAUAUCUUUUUACAAAAAUUUAUACAAGUUGCGCGUAAAGUAAUUAUACACAAUCGGCUUUUGAAAAUUUUGAAGUCUCUAUCAAGUCACUUACCGCAAUGGAAGCAAGGAAAGUUUGAAUUACAGCAAACAAAAACCUAUCAAGAAGAUGUUGCUUCCAAAACUAUGGAAAAGUUUUUUGAGUGUCACUUUAUUAAACCAUGUAUCAAAAGCUUUAUCAAAGGUUAUGGAGAUAUUGUUGAACCAGAGCCAUACUUGUUGGGUUUGAUAGAUAUAAAACCAACAGAAGUUUUGCUGACUUCCAAACCUGAGUUGUUUAAUCUUGAGGUUCCACAGCAAUACAAGCUUCUUUCAUAUACAGAGGUUCCAUAUGACCGCCAUGUGACAAAGCAUAUAUCUAAACGUCUCCCUCGAAAAUUUAAAACUGGAUUAGAGUCCAUCAAACCUAAGACAUCCACUUCAGAAGAAAAAAAUGUUUCAAAACCUCUGCUGCCACCUGCAUUUUUCCAAGAAUCUAUACAAUAUCACCCCCUACAUAUUUUUAAUCCUUUACCUGGCAUCCAAAAACAACCUCAACCAUUAGCAUACAGUGAAAUUGAUAAUGACUAUGGAUUGUGUCCUUUAAAUAUGUCCAAUCAGUACAACCAUUUAAUGCAUAAUGAAAAAAAUAUGAUACCAGAGAUGAUGUGUUGGAAAAAGUUUGCAUCGCAAGGUCUCAUUGUGAUGCAAAAGGGGUCUUUUGAAAAUACUUCUAUACCUCAACUAAAUGGUCUUUUCAACAAUGAACUUUUGUCAUUGCAAAUUCCACCAAUACUAAAAUCUUUGCCAGAUGAUGAUAUAAUGGAAGAAUGUAGCGAAAUGGAGUUUUUUGAUUAUCCUACAAUGGAUUUUGUAAAAUCCAACUUUAAGACAAGUUUCUGUCUCCAGAAAGAAGUAACCACGGAAUGCAUUUCUGAUUCCACAUCACAACCCCUGUUACAGUCAUCUAGCAAACUAGUAUCUAGGGAAUCCAAUAAUUGUGAUAAAAACUUAUUCGAUAGGAUGCAAGAGAAUCUUCUAAAUAUACAACAAUCUUGGAAUGUAUCAAAAGCGUUUGAGGAUACUCUUCGUACAUCUUAGUUUCGCGUGUGCGUAUAAAUGCAUGCAUAUAUAUAUAUAUAUAUAUAUAUA